AUGCAGCUCCUCGACUUCCCUCCGGAGCUCUUCGACCGCAUCAUCCAUGAGCUUGUUAGCGCCGUUGGCGUUCACGAGGCCUGGAAGUCGCGCAUGGUUUGCCGGACUUUCGCUAUCUACAUCAACAAUGACGCCUUCUCCAGUCAGCCGCUUAGCGCUUUCAGACUGACGAGUCCGCGGAUUUGGUCCUACGCCUGGGGCAACUACUCUGGCGUCCUGAGACACAACGUGGGGAGGUUACUCUUCGCUAGAAUGCAGAAGCCUCUGGACAUCGCCCCCCAAAUUCCAAUUGCGAUAAACCGCUGCCUGGAGUUCGUUCUGCGGUUCGAGGCCGAUCCGACUGAUGAUCGGCGCAAGGAGAUUGUUAGACUUCUUUGCGAUUCUGUUGCCGAAUCAUUCGACCCUCGGCCUUGUUUUCUCCAUGAAGCUCUCCAGUGGGGGUGUCCCCUUCCAGGGAAAGGCACUGAGCAAGAGCGCAACAAGGCAGACUCGCUCGCUGCCGCUGUGGUUAUGUCCAACCACGCGGCCAUCACAGCAUCCAUUCAGAACGGUGCCUCUUUCUGGUUGAAUAGCAACAUAUUCGCCUGGCCUCUGACGAUUUCCACCGCUCACACUCGUGACCGGGCUACCACCACCUACCUUCUUGAACACAUGCCGAGGCCCGGUCGCACCGACAAGACGCAGCUCGCCCAAAUGUAUACGAUGUUUAGUGAAGUCAUUGAGCAUUUGCUCGAUCGCAAUGAGAUGAGUACGGCGCACUCACUGCUCGACUGGAUUGUCAAGAACGUAUCGCCUCCGGAUAAAGAUACAUUCAAUGCCAUCCUACAUAUCUGUAUCCACAGCAAGGAUCACGUCGCUGUUGAAGCCGCCCUAGCGAUCAAAGUCAAGAGCACUCCCAAAGUGCGGUGGGACCACUUUAGCGAAGCCUGCCGAACUGGACACGCUGCUACAGUAAAGGCCCUAAUCGAGAAGGGAAAAUUCAAAGUCAAUAAGAUCUACUGGCAGAGCUCACCCCUCAAUAGAGCCAUGUACUACGGAGUCGACAUUGUUGGCGCACUCCUUGACGCCGGUGCCGACCCGAAUGGCCCUAUGAACGACGCCGCGGAUGACCAAGUACGUGCGAGACACUGCAUAUCACCUCUCCUUGCCGCUGUCAAGAUCAACAAGCUCGAUGUUGUCAACCUGCUCCUCGAGCAUGGCGCGACCCUGGCCGGCGGUGGACAAUUUGAUGCGGAGCCCGAACUUAUGGACAUGGCGAAAUCGCUCAAGGAUAAUCGUGUUCAUGAUCGCCUAUUGCGAGCUCAAGCAGACGAGAAGAAGAAAGCCUAGCAAAAGGUCUGGGGCCAUAAGGUCUACGGUGAACUGCAUAGACGUCAGGGUGUUUGCAGACACAGUACACUCGACGCGCUGUUUCACCCAUUGCGCUCAUUUCAGGGUUUUCGCUAGUCUCUCCUCGUGGGCUUUCAUCUACCGCUAUAGCUUUGCUACUCUCAUGAGUACGCCUACUAUCUGGCUCUAUUGCACUACAUGUUUAGUUACUCUCACAUAGCGGUAUGAUCGUUUCAGAAAGAGGGUACUUUCGUGGUAGGAUUUCGAACUGAAUCCUCUAAAAGUGGUCUCCUCACAAUAUCGAGAUUACAACAUAGUUGGAAAACUCCC